UUAGCCUGUCCUGCCUGUCGUAACAGAGGCCACCUUCGCCUUCCUUACAUAUCCCAAAUUCUGAUAUCUGCAAUUUGAUUUGAAGUACGUCGCAUUUUGCACUUUAAUCAUUAUAUGCACCUAUUAUAUUCUUUCUUUCUUUUUUCUUUUUUUCUUUUCUCUCCUUUUUUUUUAAAAAAAAAAUACACUACAGAGACCUGUUAUCUUUUGUAUAAAUUCAAUCCGAUCCCAGAAUAAUCGGUUUAACAGCUUGAUGGAUGCGUAGAUAACGGAUGUUAGCGUCAUAGUGAAAACCCGGGGAUCCUUUUCGGCGUUUGCAAUCAUGCCUCCUCCAGCUACGCUUUGGAGCUCGGUGCGAGUAGCCGCCGGCGCACUCCUCGGCCUGGCUUGCUGGACAUCAAUAACCGGUGCUGAAAAGACUGCUGGUGACUAUUUUGUCCACUCGCUGCCCGGCGCACCAAAAGGCGACAUGGUUAAGAUGCAUGCUGGACACGUCGAGAUCACACCGGAGCACAACGGAAACAUUUUCUUCUGGCAUUUCCAGAACCAGCACAUCGCAAACCGACAGCGUACCGUCAUCUGGUUAAACGGCGGGCCCGGUUGCAGUUCCGAAGAUGGCGCAUUGAUGGAGAUCGGCCCCUAUCGUUUAAAAGACAAUGAUAAUCUAGUGUAUAACAAUGGUAGCUGGAACGAGUUUGCGAACCUACUUUUUGUCGACAACCCCGUGGGAACCGGAUACAGCUAUGUCGAUACUAACAGUUUCGUCACUACCCUCGAUGAUAUGGCGAGCCAAUUCGUUACCUUCCUCGAAAAAUGGUACCAUCUCUUCCCAGAAUAUGAGCAAGACGAUCUUUACAUUGCGGGCGAAUCGUUCGCCGGACAGCACAUCCCCUAUAUCGCUAAAGCAAUCCUCGAACGAAAUAAGCAACCUCAGACCCGAAAUAAGUGGAACCUCAAAGGCCUAUUAAUCGGAAAUGGCUGGAUCUCCCCUCCGGAGCAGUACGAAGCAUACUUGUCUUUCGCAUACGAGAAGAAGAUUGUUACAAAGGGUUCUGACUUAGCCAGUAACCUCGAGGCCCAGUAUCGCGAGUGCAAAAAGGAUUUGGCUACAACGAGUGCGCAUCACGUGGAUGUUGAAACUUGCGAAAAGGUGCUCCAGGAAAUGCUUCGCUUAACGCAGAAAAAAAGUUCGGCGCGUUAUGAAUGCAUCAAUAUGUAUGAUGUUCGACUCACGGAUACAUAUCCGAGCUGUGGCAUGAACUGGCCCCCAGAUUUAGAAUUUGUUACACCCUACCUUCGAAAGCCAGAGGUAGUUGCCGCAUUACACAUUGACCAAAAUAAAGCUACGGGAUGGUCCGAGUGCAAUAGUCGCGUCGGCGAUGCGCUCAGGGGAAAUGCGGGAAAGCCAUCUAUUGAGUUCUUGCCAGAUAUCAUAAAGGAAGUCAAUGUGCUCCUAUUUUCGGGCGCUGAGGACUUAAUAUGCAAUCACCUGGGCACGGAGGCCUUGAUAAGCAACAUGCAAUGGAACGGCGGAAAGGGCUUCGAAUUAUCCCCCGGAAACUGGGCGCCGCGACGCGACUGGACUUUCGAGGGUGAGGCAGCCGGUUUCUGGCAGGAAGCUCGUAAUUUGACAUAUGUACUGUUCUACAACUCGUCGCAUAUGGUACCUUUCGACUACCCUCGCCGAACCCGCGAUAUGCUUGACCGGUUCAUGGGAGUCGACAUCAGCAAAAUCGGGGGCGUGCCGUCGAAGAGUUUCCUCGACGGCGAAAAACUGCCUGAUACCACCGUGGGCGGCGCCACCAAUCACACCGAGUCCGACCAGGCAGCCAAAGACAAGGAGGUCAGCGACGCCAAGUGGGCUGCUUAUCAGAGGUCCGGUGAGGUCGUCUUGGUCAUCGUAGUCGUCGGUGCUGCUGUUUGGGGUUACAUGAUCUGGCGCGGUCGCCGCCGAACCGCAGGGUACUCGGGCCUUCCCAUAAUAUCCGACCUCCCGCGCGCCACCGGGCUUGAGAGUUUCCGUACGCGGAGGGCAGCAAAUAAUCGCGACUUGGAGACUGGCGAUUUUGAUGAAGGCGAACUAGAUGACUUACAUAUCACAACACCGAGAAAAGCGAGCGCAGGCAAGGAAAAACACUACAGUGUAGGCGACGCAAGCGAUAGCGAUGGAGAUGAGGAUGACGACUCGGGACCGGAAGAAAAGAAUUCCCGGAAACCGGGCCCUAGCGCCGGACAGUCGUCAAGUAGGAGUUAGAGCAAUCCUCGGAGCUCGACCGGUAUGAGGCAUAGGCAGGCAUUUUCCUUGGCACACUUGUAGAGCCUUUGCGGAGUCUGGGUACUUUUUGUCUUUGGUAAGGUGCAAAAGGGUGGUUUGAAAUAGGAAAAUAGAUAUGCUCGCUUGCCUGCUGUUGUCUUGUCUUUUUUUUUCUCUUUCUAUAUCCGCUUAACUACCAAUGUAUUUACUUUCAUAGCGGGUCUUUUGGCUUCUUCGGUUAUUUGGGCGUAUGGUUGGGGAAAGAAUAAAGAAAAACCGUCAAUGAAAAUUUGGGCUUAUAGAUUUUAGUGUUACUUGGAUCUAGACUGGGUAUUGUGGUAGAGUCACUGUAUCCAACCCAUUUCACUUUACUAGGUAUAUUGUAGUCCAAAUUACAACAAGGAGAGGGAAGGGGAGAAAAAGACACUAUUACGAAUUGUUUAAAUUACUCGUAUUCAAUAACGAGGGCCAUCGUCGUAAGGUAUGACGCGUUUAGAUUUGUUUGGCGCUAGUCGUAACACGAAAACCAGCUCAUCGUGGGUUUAUUUAGAGUGGUUUAGUCGUGGUGAGUGUACUUUGAGGAUAGGCAGGAAAUUCAAUAUCUUCAUAAGAAAUAAUUGCCUAUUAUAACUACGUCAACUACUUGGCACCUGUAAUUCGAUUAGUUAUUGAAAUUGAAAGCUGGAAUCUAUUGAAUAGGU